UCCCGAACUAUCGUGGCAAUCGUCAGUACGCACUGAUCAAGAACCGAGAAGUUUCUUCGCAAAGCUUCGGUUCGAUUUCACUAUUCUUCCGGCCAUUGAUACCAUCAGAGAAAAAAACUUUGUUCCUUCGUUCUGCUUCAUCGUUGAACAUGACACUUUUAACGACAGUUGGAGUGCUCAUGGUGCUGGCAUCAGCAUCUUCGACUGCCGCUAUUCCAAAAUUCAUCACCACCUGUAACCGGAAGGACCCCGACAUGCCGAAUUGUGUAAUCGGCAUCGUAACCCGUCUUCGGCCGUAUCUGGCGGCAGGAAUUCCGGAGUUUCGGAUCCCCCCUCUGGAACCGUUGCACCUGAGGGAGCUGGUAGCUGUCGAAGGACCGGGAAUCAAAAUUUCUGCCAAAGAAAUUGACACCUAUGGCUGUAGUGAUUUCACAAUCAAGAGACUAAAACUCGACAUGGACAAUUUGUACGCCGAAGCAGACGUUGACCUUCCGCAUCUUUUCAUGGAUGGUCUUUACUCCGUCGAAGGCAGGGUAUUAACUAUUCCCGUCACUGCAAGGGGCACGCUGCGAGGUAAUUUCACCAAAUGCAUAGGGUACCUCAAAAUGCGGGGAGAAUUUGUGAAGGACGAAAUGGGCGAGGACCAUCUCCACUGCACGUAUUUCGACGUAAAGAUAUCCGUGGGCAACGGCCAUCUCCGUCUAGAAAAUCUAUUCGGGACCGAGGAGCUGCUUGGCGACCUGGUCAAUCAAGUGAUAAACAGUAAUUUUGACACUAUAAUGAACGAAUUGACACCAGCGAUAGAAAAAACUUUGUCCGCAGCUUUUAAAAGAACGGCGAAUAAUAUCGUCGAACCUUUCACCUACCGGCAAUUAUUCCCCGAUGGUGAAAGGGACACGUCAGGAUAGUUUACACGACAUGAAAUUCCAAAAUGAGUCUCACUGUCUACGGGAUCAAUUGAAAAAUUGAGACGGAAAAUCUAAAUAUACCAAAAAUUAUUUGUGUAUUAUGUAUGCGAUAGAAUUACUCAAUAAACGAUUAAUAAAUUUUUUUUUGUGGAAAGAUCACCUCACUAGAUUAGAAAAAGGGAGCUCAGGUUAUUCAGAGAUAUUGAUUUUUGAUUAGAUACAGUACCUGUAUAAUAUAAGAUAUUCAAAAAUAAUUGUCAUAUUUUCGGAGAUUCAACUAUUUAAUACACAGCAUUUAUAUUGUACUCCUCAAAGAAUUGAUUUUCAUUAUCCUUUAUUUUAAAACAAGUUUUGUAACAAAUAUUGUAAUGAAUCAUUGAAUGUACGAAUAAAUAAUAAUAGUCGUGAAUUUUACGGGAGACGUAGAGCGAGUUUCAAGGUA